AGUUGUAGGCGCUCGUACUGUUUCGGCAGUUUCCGGAGCGACUCGGGGGUCUCCGCGUCUUGCUGGCUCUGUUCUGAUCGCCUGGCGCGGUGGUGCGGGGUCUUAGGCGAGUCAUGGCGUCCCCUUCUCGGAGAUUGCAGACGAAACCAGUCAUUACUUGUUUCAAGAGCGUCCUCCUGAUUUACACUUUCAUCUUCUGGAUCACUGGUGUUAUCCUUCUUGCCGUUGGUAUUUGGGGCAAGGUGAGCCUGGAGAAUUAUUUUUCUCUUUUAAAUGAGAAGGCCACCAAUGUGCCCUUCGUGCUCAUUGGCACUGGCACUGUCAUUAUUCUCUUGGGUACCUUUGGCUGUUUUGCUACCUGCCAAGCUUCUGCCUGGAUGCUAAAACUGUAUGCAAUGUUUCUGACUCUAAUUUUUUUGGUCGAACUGGUUGCUGCCAUCGUUGGAUUUGUUUUUAGACAUGAAAUUAAGAACAACUUUAAGAGUAAUUAUGAGAAGGCUCUGAAACAAUAUAACACUACAGGAGAUUAUAGAAGUGAUGCGGUAGACAGGAUCCAAAAUAAAUUGCAUUGUUGCGGUGUCACCAAAUAUACAGAUUGGGAAGAUACUAGUUAUUACUCAGAACAAGGAUAUCCUAAGAGCUGUUGUAAAACUGAAUGUACUCCAAACAAAGAUGCAAGUAAAGUAAACCAUGAAGGUUGCUUUAUAAAGGUAAUGACCAUUAUAGAGUCAGAAAUGGGAGUUGUUGCAGGAAUUUCAUUUGGAGUUGCUUGCUUCCAGUUGAUUGGAAUCUUUCUCGCCUACUGCCUUUCUCGCGCCAUAACAAAUAACCAGUAUGAGAUAGUGUAACCAGCAUAUGUGCAGGCUUACUCUCCAACUCUAAGG